AUGCAGGGCCCCGGGGACCUCGUCGACGAGGCGAGCCGCCAGGACUACAUCCAGCACGAGGUCGCCAGGUUCGUGCCCAUGCUCCCGCACCCGCUCAGCAUGCAGGACUUCCUCGACAUGCUCGAGCCUGCCAGGCUGGCCAAGUUUCUGCACGAGGAGGUGCUCGUGCGGUCCGCCGAAAGGAUCCGGUGGAUCCAGGACGUGGAGGGGUGGGAGGAGAUCGAGGAGCUCAGGGCAGUGAGAGCUCAGCACCUCGACGGCUUUCGCGCACUUCGCCUGGUGAGACGGGUGCCGACUCUGGACGCGUUCUCCGAGGUCGUGCGGUCCAUGAUGGACUCUCUCCAGGACGUUCCUCAAGACCUCACCCGUGCCAUGCGGCGCUUGAACCUGCUGCGCGGGGACAAGUACGGAAGCGACUUCACAGACAAGUGGCUGGAUGAUUUCUUCCUGAGCUACAUCGGCACCCAGAUGCUGAUGGCCCAGUAUCUGGCCUGCUGGGAGGCCCAGUGCAGCAGCACGGGAGCCGGCACCCAUCGCCGCAGCACUGGGAUCAUCGACCCCGACUGUGAGCCUGCUCGAGUCUGCAGCGAUGCUGCGACCGAGAUCCAGGCGAUCUGCAAAUCUCUGACCGGCCGACGCCCCGUCUACACGCUCGAGGUGCACUCGGCGGCGGGUGACGACAGAGGCGGCAGCCCUCGAUUCUCGUUCGUGCCGGGGUUUCUCAAAGUCAUCGUUAUGGAGAUCCUCAAAACAGUUUCCGCGCCACUGCAGAGAUUGUAA